AUGGAUCGAGGGCAUAGUAAGAGGGCUAGAUAUGUCGGUUCUAGCAGUGAGUAUCGAGGGGGCCAGAGGCAACAGUAUUCUAGAUAUUCAGGCCAAUCUAUGGAUAGUGCACCUCCUCGAUUUACAUGCAGGAGAUUUUACCUCCCCAUUUAUUCUGGGCCUGGUCAGAGUUCGAGAGUUUCGGGUCCUCAGUUUGGAGGUGAUCCUAGUCAGAGGAGACCAUCGACACAGUGCAGCCAAUAUGGUAGAUUAUAUUCGGUUCAGUAUCGCCGAGGCUCAGAUGCUUGUUAUGCCUAUGGUCAGACUGGACAUAUGAUGCGUGAUCGUCCCUCGAUGAGUGGCAGAGCUGGGGCCCAGCCCACAGGAUCAGUAGCUGGUUCUUCUUCGUCUGUGCGCCCUGCCUUACAUCAUAUCCGUCUUUUCUUCUUCUUUUAUGUUAAUGUUUACUAUUUUAAUAUUGCAGGUUCUUAUGCAGCCAACUUCGUAAUAAAAAAUAAUUGCCCUUACUCAAUUUGGCCCGCUACACUUACUGGUCAAGGACCCCAAUUACUUACAGGAUUUGAAUUAACAUCACAAGGUUCACAAACUCUUGAGGUACCAAAUUCAUGGUCAGGAAGGGUAUGGGCAAGAUUUGUUUGCUCGAAUGAUGCCACCAGAAAAUUCACUUGUCUUAGUGGAGAUUGUGGGACAGGCCAAGUAACUUGCAACAAUAAGGGUGCAAUUCCACCAGCAACUCUUGUAGAAUUCACAUUAGCGGGGUAUGAAGGAAAGGACUUUUAUGACAUUAGCUUGGUUGACGGUUUUAAUCUGCCAGUUUCUGUUGUCCCUCAAAAUAGAGCAGGCUGCAAUUCGACAAGUUGUCCAGUUGAUAUCAAUAAUAAAGGAUGUCCAGAAGAGUUAGCACUAAGAAAUCCAAAGGGUGGUGUCAUUGGGUGCAAAAGUGCUUGUGUAGCAUUUCAACAGCCACAAUAUUGUUGCACUGGUCCAUAUGGUUCUCCAAAAACUUGCAAACCAACGAAAUAUUCUUUACAAUUCAAACAUUUAUGUCCUCAAGCUUAUAGUUAUGCUUAUGAUGAUGCAACUAGCACGUUUACUUGUACUGGAGCUGACUAUUUGAUAACUUUUUGCCCAUGAAUUUGUUACGCGUGAAUUAAGUUUGAGAGCUUACAUGUAAUAAACCUUUGAUUUGCUUACCUUUUGUCUAGCCACACUAGAUCCAUAUGGA